AUGCGCGGCCUCGGGUCUGUGGAGCCCGGCGACCACGUGCUCGCGAAGGUCCGGGGCUCCGCGGGCCAGCCGCAGUGGGUGGAGCUGCUGUGCCUCGAGGUGGUGUACGACCAGGGUGCGUGCGAGGGCGACUGCGCCGCCGCGGGCCGGUUCGUCGAGGCCAGGCAUGUUGGCGCGAGCGACGGCUAUGUUGCCUGGUAUGCUCAGGCGGUGGCCCACCGCGGCGGCCGGGGCCACGGCACGCUGCACCACCUCUUCGGGCGCACGCAGGAGCAGUGCGAGGCGACGUGCCCAGACGGCGCCGGAGGCAUCGAGCACCUCGACGUGUGGCGGCUGGUCAACCUGCCGGACCUGGAGGAGGUGAAGGAGGGGCUCGAGCUGGCGCCGCGAUCUGCUGGAGGGCUGCGCGUCGCCACUGGGGGCAGCGGGGCAGGUGCGGGCGCGCCAGGGCUGGCCAGCGAGGCGGUCGACCUCGAGCGAGCCCUCGAGGACCCCGAGCUGGGCGACAGGCCAGCGCAGCUGGGUCAGCGUUUGAGGUCGGGAGUCCCUGCGCCGAGCGGCCGCGCGGCGGCCGAGAACGCAGCGGCCCCUGGCGCCGCGCGGGCUCUGGCGAACCGAGCGCACGCCGCCGCAGGCUCGACCUCCCGGCCGGCCGCCACCGCAGGGUGCGACCGCUUGGCCGAGGCCAUCGACGGGCUGCUGCGGGGCCAGGUCGUGGAGGUCAGCGACCUGCCCCGGCAGGAACUCAAGGCCAGGACGAUCGCGUUUCGCGACGGCCACUGGCGGAGCGCCAGGUGGCUCACGCUCAUCCCCAGCGAGAGCAUGCCAGCUGGGGCCACGCAGACAUUGGCGGGGAUGCCUGUGGCCAGCUCGGCCGAGGCGCUCAGUAUCCUGGCGGGCCGAGUGCUGUCGACAGCCAGCCGCCAGGCGCGGGGUAAGCAAUCGGCGACGCAGCGCGCGCAGGCAGACCGGGCCCCCGCGGCAGGAGCAGGCGAACCGCCCGCACGGCUGGUGGAGCUGCGGACGGACUCGGAGGCCAGCGCAGCCGCGCAGACUCGGAGGCCAGCGCAGCCGCGGCACCAGCGGAAGCUGCUGGCAGGCGUGGGCAACGUCAGUAUUCGGUUCCAGCUGAUCGCGGCACUGUACGACGCGGCGCACGGAGCGCCGGGGGACGUCGGACGGUUCAUCAGGAGCGCUCCGCCAGCACAGCGCGUGCGCCUCGAGAGAGAUCGCGAGGAGCUGCCGCUGCCGGUCCCCGACUCCCCCGACUUCCUGGCGCGUCGCGCCGAGUGGCUGAGUCGAGGAGAGGUCAGUCCUGACGGACUGGGCUCGACUGUGGCUGAGGGCUGGACGGUGCUGAUCGUGCACGCGGUGAACUCCCAGUGCGCGGGCCACAGCAAAGGUCGGCCAGUGCCGACGGGGGCCGCUGCCCGCCGCGCAGGAGACCUCCAUGCGGGUGGUCAGGGAGGCCGCGGCCUACCUCGCGCAGGACGCAGCCCAGGAGCUCGAGACCCCGACUGGAACGAGGUAGUGGCUUCGGGGGACCUGCCCCUCACUCUGGGCGGUGUGUUGCCAGGGCUACUGGCGCGCGGCGUCGCCGCCUCUGUCCGCGCUCUGGACACUGCAGACGAGCGGGCCGCAGGCUGGCUCGCCGAGCCCACGUUCGCUCUGCCCCCGAAGGCUGAGUGGCCAGAGGAGGUCCCGCGAGCAGCUAGUCAGGCGUGCUCGAAGCCAGAGUGGUAUCGCAUCGCUGCCAAGCUCGGGGAGCUGGGCCCGGCCGCGCCCACUGACGAUGAGCGGAUCCUCAAGGUCGGGAGCCAGAAGGUCCUCGUGGGGGCCUUCGGUGUGGCCAAGAGUGGGACUCCCACGCCUGGCCAUGCAGUGGUCCAGAGGCCCAUCAUCAACAUGGUGCCCGCCAACAGCUAUCAGCGUGCAGUGAGGGACGGCAUCGGGACGUUCCGCGCAUCGCC